AAUCCAAGCUAUAUUAUUAUUGAGUGCUGCGUACAACGCCUUUCUCUCUCCUCUCUCUGGGUGAUUGCUUAAUUGCUAUUUGCUAACUGCUUAUACCCCAUAAGAAAGAAGCAAAAGAGAUAUGAAUGGUGAAGGUGCAGUAGAGGAAUCAAAAGUUCCUCUACUAGGAGAUCAUUUUGGUCCGAAACUUGAAGCAGAUGAUCAAGAUCAGAGUCUUACGAAAAGGGUUUGGAUUGAAUCAAAGAAGCUGUGGGAGAUAGUAGGUCCAGCAAUCUUUAGCCGCCUUACCUCAUACUCCAUGCUUGUUAUCACACAAGCUUUUGCAGGUCACUUGGGUGACCUCGAGCUUGCAGCCAUCUCCAUUGCCAAUAAUGUCAUCGUUGGCUUCGACUUUGGCCUCUUGCUGGGGAUGGCUAGUGCUUUGGAAACGUUAUGUGGCCAAGCUUUUGGGGCCAGAAAAUACUACAUGUUGGGUGUAUACAUGCAGCGUUCAUGGAUUGUAUUGUUCUUGUGCUGUGUCCUGCUUUUGCCUCUAUACCUCUUCGCCUCUCCAAUGUUGAAGCUUUUGGGACAGCCCAAAGACGUAGCAGAGCUUUCUGGGAUUGUUUCAGUGUGGAUGAUACCACUUCACUUCAGCUUUGCGUUUCAGUUCCCGUUACAGAGAUUCUUGCAGAGCCAGCUUAAGAAUACAGUAAUUGCAUGGGUCUCUUUAGUCGCUUUGCUAGUGCAUGUGAUGGUGAGUUGGCUACUUGUGUACAGGCUUCAGCUUGGAGUGAUUGGCACAGCCAUGAUUCUCAACUUUUCUUGGUGGGUUCUAGUUUUUGGGCAUCUGGGUUACACCAUUUGCGGUGGCUGUCCUCUCACAUGGAAUGGGUUCUCAAUUGAAGCCUUCUCUGGUCUCUGGGAAUUCACCAAACUCUCUGCUGCUUCUGGGGUCAUGCUCUGUUUGGAGAAUUGGUAUUAUAGAAUACUUAUCUUGAUGACUGGGAAUCUGAAGAAUGCAGAGAUUGCAGUAGAUGCCUUGUCCGUAUGUAUGACCAUUAAUGGCUGGGAAAUAAUGAUCCCUCUUGCAUUCUUUGCAGGCACUGGAGUAAGGGUUGCAAAUGAGCUAGGAGCAGGUAAUGGGAAGGGAGCCAAGUUUGCAACGGUGGUGUCUGUAACAACGUCGAUAAUAAUUGGGCUAUUCUUCUGGGUAUUGAUAAUGAUUUUCCAUAAUCAGCUUGCCUGGAUAUUUACUUCCAGUGUACCUGUCCUUAAAGCAGUGAGCCAGCUCUCAGUUCUCCUGGCUUUCACUAUUUUGCUCAACAGCGUUCAGCCGGUUCUCUCUGGGGUUGCAGUGGGAUCUGGAUGGCAAAAGUAUGUUGCAUACAUAAACUUGGGUUGCUAUUAUUUGAUCGGUGUUCCAUUGGGAUUCAUGAUGGGUUGGCUGUUUCACUUGGGAGUUCUGGGAAUUUGGGCUGGAAUGAUUUUUGGUGGGACGGCAAUUCAAACAUUGAUAUUGGCCAUAAUUACCAUUCGAUGUGACUGGGAGAAGGAGGCAGAGAAAGCAGCCUUGUAUUUAAAGAAAUGGUCGGAAGUAGAGUGAAAAAUGGAGGAAUUGAUUGCAAACAAGCGUAUAUGUGAUGCAAUUGUGACAGAAAUAUUCAGUGAUGAUACAGGAAGUUUGUGGGAAAAUUGGUAAAAGAAAGAUAUGAUGAUUGAAGGCCUGAUUGAGGAAAUAGAAAGUGAAAAGUCUUGGUUGCUAAUUUACUCUACAAUCCACUAGAUGAAUCAUUUGUAAUUUACUUCAGCAAUUUUUUAGUCUUAAUAUGCAUCAUUGCUUGGAAUAAUUAAUAAUUGAAAAAAGAUUUAUA